GAGAACCAGACACAGCCUGCGCCUGCUGUAUCUAGCUAUCUACUGAACUCUGACAGAAGUGACAGUGAGAGAGCAUCGGCCCUCAGGGAACUGUGAGCUUUCCUACUCAGACAACAGAGAGUGAAGAAAGAUCCAGCUUUUUGUUUUUUGUUUUCAAGAACUUUUCACAAACAUAUUUGGCUCUAACCUCAGUUGCUUUGUGGUUUUAGUUGUUUUUUCCCACUUUCGUGUUUUACAUUUAUUUUCUAAACAUCAUUUGUUGAGAUGGACUCUGACGCUGGCUCCAACUCCAGCCGCUCCUCAUCUCCAGAUCUGGUGGUGGAUGACUCCAUGGGCAGCUUCUUCUCCAACAAGAUGUUCCAAGCCUACUGCCGGGAGGAGGGGGCAGCCAGGGCCGCUGGGCAGGGCAGGACUGACCGCUGUGCUGUGGGAGGCAAGAGCAAGACCCUCAAAGAGGGUGACGUGCAGGACCUGAGGCUGAAGGUGAACGGCAGGGAGAGGAAGAGGAUGCACGACCUGAACCAGGCCAUGGACGGCCUGAGGGAGGUCAUGCCCUAUGCUCAGGGGCCCUCCGUCCGCAAGCUCUCCAAGAUCUCCACCCUGAUGUUGGCCCGUAACUACAUCCUCAUGCUGUCCAGCUCCCUGGAGGAGAUGAAGAAGCUGGUGGGGGACGUGUAUGGAGGUGGUGGUUCCCAGAGUCGCACUAGCCACCGCCGGAUCAACCCUCCGGCCCCCACAGCUCACCUCCCCCUACACCCCCUGGCCCAGUCCCUGCACUCCCUGGUGGGUAGCACGGCCUCGGCUCUCCACCACCCUUCGCCUCUCCCGGCUCCAGCCCCACACUCACCACCCUCUGCAAGCUACCUGGGCUUCCACCAUGCACCCGUACAGAGCCUGCUGAAAGACCCUCUCCACCUAGCCAGCUCCUACAGGCACUUUCCUGGUAUGCCCUGUCCCUGCUCGCUCUGCCAGCCUCUACCAACCACCGCAUCCACCCUGCAUAGUUUUUCCAUGGGCAAGUGAGCAGGUGACACCCAGGACUGAGCUCUGUAGUUGAGGCCCAGUGCCCACCCCAGGACUAAGUAGUGGACUGAGGACUGAGAUAAAUUGUUGGUUGAACUGUAAAAAACAUUGGUAGCCCCCAGGACCUGUACAUAUUUUGUAUAUAUCUUCUAUUGAGUAUUCCGCUGCUAUUUUUCUAAAUGACAUUCCUUGAUUAUAUUGAAAACAUUUAAAUGCACACACAGAAACACUUAGAUAAUUUAAGUCAGAUAAUUUGGUUAUGCUUUGUAUUUCAUACUAUUGUUCUUGAAGCUCUUUUUUGAAUGUAACAGCUAUAAUAUCUGCUAUUGCUAUUCAAUAUCGGAAAUUCAGUGUUACUGAAACAAAUGACAAAGAUGGAAAGUGCUGUGUCCUUCUGCAGGUGUCUUAUUUUCCUAAAUUAAACCUUUUAAAAAAUACAUGUUCUGCUGUUUUGC